GGAAGCGGCUCUUUGCUGCGUCUGCCACCGGCACCCCUCCGCCUGGGCCACGCACCUCCCCUGGGUCGAAUACGCCCAUGAUUCCCAGAUCAGCACGGCCACAGGAAGCCGAGAUUGCCAUCCCAGCGCUACACCUACACCUCCGGCGGGCCCACCGCAUCUGGCGAGACACCUGUGCCGCUUUGUCCCGCACCGCCGCCCGCAACAAACAACUGGCGGACCGGUGCAGAACUCCGGCAUCCACCUACCGUCGUGGACAGAAGGUGUGGCUCUCGGCCCGGGACCUCCCCUUGGCGGGCACCAAUAGAAAACUCGCCCCAAGAUUCGUCGGACUUUAUCCCAUUGAGGCCAUCAUCAACCCAUCCGCUGUAAGACUGAAGCUGCCGCCCUCCUUCAAGGUUCACCCGGUUUUCCACGUUUCCCACCUCAAACCAGUGAGCACCAGCCCGCUGUGCCCUCCUGCCGAGGCUCCGCCUCCUCCGCGCAUCAUUGAUGGCCAGCCAGCAUACACCGUGAGAGCCAUCUUUGACGUGAGAAGAAGGGGGAGGGGUGUGCAGUACCUGAUGGAUUGGGAGGGGUAUGGCCCUGAGGAGCGCUCCUGGGUGUCCCGCUCCUGUAUCCUGGACCCAUCCCUUGUCCGUGACUUCCACUCGUCUCACCCGAACAAACCAGGUAUGCCGCCAGGGGGCGUCGUAUAAAAGGGGGGUACUGUUAGGAAUUGUGUGCUGCUCUCUCUCCCUCUGCUCUGUGUUUCAGUGCACCUCCUACCACCCAGUUCCCUCCUGGCACACCUGCAACUCCUUAAGGAGGACAAUUGAUAAGCAGCAGGCUCCUGCAGUGUGGUGCCAGUUCAUUGUAGCUCUUCUCUGACACACCACGACGUACAAGUUACCUCCUGCGCUUCAACCUGCAGUUCCUCCAGCGUCCUGCUGCUUCUUUUGUUACCUUUUUCCUCACGCUUGCCUGCUGCGGUGUGUAUUCAGUUUUGCCUAGCCCAGUGCUGCUGCUAGUGUUUUCUGUUAGUGUAGUUAUAGUCCUUGCCGGUCUGCCUCACCUUUUUUGGUAGCUCCUUUAGUUUAGCUUUAGAGUGUUUUCUCCCCGUGACUCCUCCGGGUGAUCUUUUGUUGUACUUUGUUUAGUCUCUGUUUUUGGCUCCUCUGUUUGCAUCUUUUUGUAAUAAAUCCUAUUGCACCACC